AUGGCAGGACAGACGGCAACUCAUACCGUGGCCAUAUGUAAGACAAUCAUUGAUGGAAAGGAUCACGGGAUAGACUGGUUCGUGGUGCCUUUAAGAGAUCGUAAAACAGGCAAACUGGUCCCUGGAGUUGUAGCCGGCGAUAUGGGGGACGGAACGUACACUUCUCCGCCAAACCCUGCGUUACCUUAUGCCACCCUCAUUGGUGAACGAUUAACUGUCCUUUUUGGAACGCAAAUUGUAUUAGGUCAGGCUUUAACUAUCGCCUGUAGAUACGGAUGUGUGAGAAGACAGGGUUCUAAUGAUGAAAAGAUUAUGGAUUAUCAGACUCACUACGUGAAGCUGAUGCCCGGAGUUGCGAGCGUAUACGUGAUCAACACGUUGUACAGGAUUAUGACCAAACGGUGGAAUGAUACUUUAAGUCUGUUGAACACGAAUCAGUCCGAAUUUGUCAAGAGAAUUGGCGAUUUUCAUGCCAUGUCAUCGGGAUUUAAGGGGACAUUAACCUGGUGGGGAUGCGAGAGAUAUGUACUAGGUGCUUUUAAUGAUACGGCUCAAGGAAAGAAAGUCGACGGUUCAGUAGCAUACUUAAACGACUCAAAAAUUUUUUUGGAAAUCUCCAAGUGCAGUCUGUUUGAUGAGAAGCAAUUAUUUGAUUUGGAUUUCACACUAGAGAUUAUGACGUGGUUGACUAUUCGAAAGGACCUUUCAGAUCCAUUGUCGAAAUCCGGUUUUCAACCCAACGAAUAUAUAGACCUCGUACCAAUACUUAAAAAAAUGGGUCAAUUGUGGUCUGUUCAUUUGAUAAAUGAAUACCUGGACCUGUUCUUGGAAGAGGAGUAUUUCAACAAGAAACAAGCUAGUAUGGUAAGAAAGGUAUAUCUGGAAAUGUGCAAGAAGGCUAGAGAAGAGGUAAUACCAUUAGUUGACGCAUGGGGAUAUCCGGAUUUCAUUUUGAAAGCACCCUUGGGAAGGUAUGAUGGUGACAUUUACACAG